AUGGACAAACAAUUGUACGACCCACAAAAUGUUAAAAUCAAGUACACAGGCCCCCUGGACCAGUUCUUUGAACGACUCUGGGAAAUCAUAAAGACCGUGGUGCGCGACCCUAACAUCCCGUCUCCUGAAAUCACCGACCGGCCAAGCGUGCUUUACAAUGCGCUGACAAAUGCAGAAGUCCAGCAAACAGUGGCACAGCUACCAAAUGAAUGCCCUCAGACAAAAGACUUUAUAGUCACUGCGUUUUUUGGUCAAUCUCUCCUCAAGAUUCGGUCCAUCAUAGACUCUUUGGAACGCCCGGAAGGCAUUCCAGAAGACAUUAUUGAAAUCUCGCUCAACGACAUGAAGAUCUUUAACACAAUGGUCACACUUAUCGUCAUGGAUGGCAUAUAUCCACGGCUAUCACCUGGGGUUGGUAUCCCGUUGACUUUGCGCACCAAGGCUAGACAAGACUUGAAGGCCGCACCCGGUAUCUUGGGCACCACGGCUCCUGUCACCGACAACGCCUCGCGGUUUGCACAACUGGAAUAUAUUCUGAGUGGUACACUUAUCCCCGUGCUUAACGUCAAGGACAAUGUGCGGGAUUUGUUAUUCAUUGGUUCCUACUUCCCCGAUCUCCUGGCCGCUUCUAUUGAGCUUGCAUUCAACCCAGCAGCCCCGAACCGUGCCCAGGGGGCACGCGACUUCCAGACCAUUGUGGCACAAAUGGACACAUACUCCUUAUUUCUAAACCUGACGUCACUGAUCCGGCCCAAGACACCAGCAUGGCUUCUUAUGGCCACUACACGGGUUCUUGCCACAUUGCCACUUGUUCGUAAAUCCAACGGCGUGCUUUCUCUUAUCGAGUUUAUAUCUGGUGUGCGCGAGAAGCCCGAUGUGAAUAUCGAGGAUCUUGAUAAGGCAGUAGGUAUUCUCAAGGCGGUUCCCAAGAAAAUGAACCCCGUGGAGUAUUAUCACAAAAUUGGACAACAGCUGAUUGGUGUCAUGGCGCUGCAUGACCGAGCCACUACGGUGUCUGCGACAGUCCACAUUGUGGAUAGCAUUUACGAGCAGAAACAGGAGAUGGUGGUUGUAGGAGUGCAGGAUGCGUUACUGGAGACGUUGGCUCCUCGCAAACGCGAGACCGUUAAGGCGGAGGAGCUGAUGCAAGCGGUGCGUGCGUUAGAGGCAAUGGUGCGUGCGGCUCAACCGUUGGGGGUGAUUCAUGAGGUUGGCAAGUUUGCGUUUGUAGCAUUGUGGACACUGCUAUGUUUUGCUAAAGCUGAGCAGAAGGAAGAUUUGGCGACCAGCGUGAGUAAUGUGCUUGUUGGGGUUGUUUCAUUACAACCGGAGGACGCUGCUGGGAUCCAGAGCAUGUUACUGCGGAACUUUCUUGCCAAAAGUGGAUCACGGUUAUGGGAAUAUGGAGUUGAUGAUGAGGGGAUGGUAGGAAUUGUGGCGACUGGUGGGAGAACCAGUGUAAAAACUGGUGGUGAAUUUGCAUUAUUUGGGGAGAUUGAAAGACGGGGGAAGGUACUUUCUGAGAGCAUUUUAGGGCCAUUGGCUGGGGAAAAAGAUACAUUUACGAGUACGCUAUUUGUAAACUUAAUCAAGGAAUGGUUGUUGGAGCGCCAGGAGAAAAGCAGCAAUGGAGAGGUGUUGUUGGAGAGUGAUGAUGAAGAGGAUACUGUUGGAGCACUUGUACAUGCGAAAUUGUUGGAGAUUUUGUAUAACGAGCAUAAGGAUAGAUUGAUCAAGUCGCCUAUGGAGUUACUGAUGGUCAUUCACGGGACACUUGAGGAUUAUGUUUCUAUACUAGAGCGAGCUGAGGAAAAGAAAAAGACUGAGACUACAUCAGUGACUGAGCGGUUAAAGAUUGUUGAUUUGGACGAUUCAGAUAUCCAAGAGGAAAAGUACUACCCUGAGGCGGUGAGGGGUAUUGUGGAGGUCGAGGAGCCUGAUACCAAUAAGCAGGAAGAUACCGAAGAGGAAACAGAGAUGCUGGACUUGUGUUUUUCGUUGGUGCUGGCCAUCACGGAGGAUCUUGCGACAGCGUUUAAGAAGGUAGAUCCGACUCUAGACGAUAAGGUUCCAGAGCUGAGGUCAUUGGAAACGGUACUGGGUCCGCUUCAGUACAUUGUGGGGCAUACACCUGAGGGACUGCUACAGGGCAAGGCGGCUGCAUGUGUGGACCAAAUUGCGGAAGUACUUGGGCUAUAUUUCCCCAAAGACAGCACGGUACCUGCUGCAGAUGCGUCGGAGGGUGAUCGCAAGACCCUUUCACGAGUGAUCCAGAUGCUGGAUGACUUACAGGCUCCGACACAGGCACACGGACUAUACAUUUUACGGGGGCUUGUUACAACCAAGAGCGUGGUAGUGCGAGACAAUUGGAGGAUGGCAACGCAGCUGUGUUUAUCAAAACUAGUGAGCGACGAUGCAUUUGUGUAUUUGAAUGCGGUUAAGACAUUGCUUGCAGUGUGCGAUGCGCAUGAUGGUGGAGAUGGAGUGGUGGAGUAUCUUGUGGAUGUAUACAGUGGGGUAUUAAGGGAACGGAAGGAUGAGAGUGUUUCUGAGACUGUUUACACACGCAAGAUGUUGGAAGAGAUGGGAGUGGAUGAGCUUUUGAAGGUUGGUGAAGUGAUUUUACGAGUGGUUCAACGGCUAGGUGAGGCAUUGGGAGGAACAACGGCUGACAUUAUAGCAGGACGGAUGCUUGCUAUGGCAUCACGAAGGCGGAUGCGUGGGAGCAUAUUUGCGACUCGGCCUGAGGGAGUUCCGGAUGUGUUACGAAUGUCAGCAUUAGGGAUUUUAGGGGCCGCCUAUGAAGCAAGUUUUGUAGGUGUUGCAGGGGAAUGGAUGGAUGAUACGCUGGAUGUUGCUUUGGGGAUUCUUUCAAUGGAAGGUGAGCAAGGUCAAGCUGUGGAGAAAGAUGAUGAAGAUGAGGAGAAACAGGUUGCUAAGGAAGUUGAAGCAAGUGGAGGGGUAAUGAUGAGACGAGCAGCAUUGGCGUUAUUAAUUUCAGUUGCACGGAGUGUUCCUGGACCUGAGUGGGUUAUGUCUGAUGAUAUUGAACGGGCAAAGGUUUAUGUUGACAUUUAUCUACACGACCGAGACCCGAUUGUGCGGUCGCACGCCGAAGUUUUAGAUGGAUUGUUGGAGUGA